ACUACACUGUACAGGACACUUUGUGGGAGGAUUAUCUUUACAAAACUCUGUGAGAGUCUGGAUGUAGACAGACCAUAGUUUCUGCAAAGGACAAGAAGAUUUACGUGAAUACUGAGGAACAUCAUCAUGACAGAACAACCAUCCCAGGACCAACCCAUGUGUUCUGCUGCACUGGCACAGAAGCCUGAUACUCUGCAUAUUGACAUGUCUCCCAUUGAUCUAGACGAAGUUUGUUUUGCCAUCUAUAAAUGUUUGAUCCAAAUGACAACACAGUAUUUGGACAUUUUGAAAGACAACCUUGUGAAUACUGAGUUGGCAGCUUUGCUCGCAGACUCUUGCAUGGAUAUCGUACAGUCUUUAGCACAGAUAAUCCUGGAUGUCGUGAUACCGCAGGUCUACAGACACAGAAGAACCUAUGGCACCUUUUCUCCAACAGUCAUCUGUCUUACUGAGGACGAAAUCCAUGCCUACCUGGGGGAUUCCAUCCAACAGGCACUGGCUAAUUCUCUGCGGCUCCCAGUGCAGACUUUGGGGCACACCAAGGUGUUCACAGAGUUGCUUGUUAGACACAUUUCAAAGACAGUCAACUCAGUCCUGGCUUUAUCCACUCAGGCAUCCAUCCUGAAGUCCAGAGUCCCAGUAUUUUUUGUCGGUGGCUGCCUAACUUUAUUUCCAGACCUCAAAGAUAUGGUUCGUAAGAUUGCCACCAUACUGAUGGCAAGUUUGAACCGUGAAGAGGUGUGGCUUAGGGUCAAUACUCAAGAGGCUCAGUCAAGCCAGACUACAUCCAUUGAUAACUGCAACUUUUUGGAAGUGGAGUCCCCUAUAUUCUGUUUCAGCACCAGAGAGGGCUUAAAGAGAUUUAUGAAGACCUACAUCACUCGCACAGUGACUGUACUAAAAAGCAGAGCUCACAUGCCACAAAGGAAGAGUGGAAUGAGCUCUAGCAAUCACGGAGAUGUCUGUAUUAUCAUUGGCUCAAACACACACAUUCUGCCUGUGGAAGACAGUGAAGCUCAUGGACAGUCUGCCAUGUCUUCCUAUAGUGGUUUGGAUGUCAUACCAGGUGCUGUACCUGACAAUGAUGAAGCAGAGUCCCUUUCUGAGACUAGUCCCUUCAACUUUGUCAUAGUAAUUGGCACAACAGAAGACUUAGUUCGUGAUGAGGCAGACACUAUCACGAACAUAGCUGAUGAACUGGUACAAGCAGUGCUUGGAGGAGAUCAGCGGGGGUCAGCAGAGACAGACAGCUGUCAAGAGUCUGUCAAUGGUGAGCUGGAGGUUGUUUACUGCUCUAAAUUAAAAGAACUUACAGACAGAAUCUUUAAUUUGGUUAUGAGUGGACAAGACUACCAGAUUCCUUGCCUGCCCGCUGGAAUGCGCAUGUGUGACACCGUGACCUACAGGAAGCUGAGGAGAGGGGGCGUCACCAACCCGGGCAUGGUCACUCAAGCCCUUUACAUGAGGACGGAGGAGUUUGUUUCUCGCUGUGCUGUGCAGGCUCUCUUCUGGUCAACACUAAAUUCACUGGACUCUGAUAUCCUGUUUGGACAGUAUUCACAGGACUCAUACAUGCUGUCUUCGGGGCUUGACUUUGUGGCUGUACCAGUACGUGCAGCAGGAGACUGUGGAAUAGUGCGUAGAGUAAUUCCUCCUCCUUGGCAUAUUUCAAAUUCCACAUACGAUAUCAUCCCUGAGCUGUCCGAGCCAAUACAGUUACAGUUGGCAAGCAUUGUGCACAUAUCCCUGCUGACUCUCCUGGUUGGGAAAAUGCUUGCCAGCAUAGACAUUAGGGAUGGUGAAAUGAUUUUAGAGGUUGUAAGGAAAGCAGUUGUACAGCUUCAAGAUACUGACCCGAGGCUGUAUGACCAUUUCCAUGCCUCUUUCAUGGGUCAAAGUUACAAAGACAUUGGCCAGAUGGCCAUAAAUGACCUUCUGCUGGAGUUUGGCUCAGUAGAAGUGAUGCAGGAGGCAGUGAGAGCACGGAAUCCCAAUUUUGAGGAAGCUUUUAUGAGAGCACUGAGAAAACAGCUGAGAUUUCCUACACCUCCAGUGCCUCAUGGAAAUGCACGCAAGACAAUGACCUGCAGUUUCUUCAAGAAGUUCAAAAGACUGUGUUGCAAAAAAACUUCUAAGAAGGGCAACAAGACCCCAACUGUCAGCCUUCCAACCUGUGACCAGGACAACAACAAGUUACAAGAGGAGCUCCUGAAAGACCAAACAGAGCAGCCCCAGCAUCCACUCAUGAGCAGGAUAGCCCCCUCCAACAGGUGCAUAUGUUCGUCCUUAAGGGAGAUGUUUUCCUCCAUUGCUAGAACACUGGGCAGACCAUUCAUCGCUUGCUGCUGCCUAGAGAGCCAAGAAAGCAUUAGCACAGAUGGGACUGUGGUUUCUUCCAUUGUUCUCUGUUAAAGGGUUCUUUGGGAGUUUCUCAUUGGUCAUUUGAGGUGUGUAUCCUUACAUGCUUAUUUAAAUAUAGAUAUUAUUAUAAAUAA